CAUAUAAGCAGUAGCUACUUUUGCGCGGGAAAGGAAGGAAAUCGUACAUCUUGUAAACGAAGAGUUACUACUAACUCGUAUAAACUGUAAUAUUUCGAAAGAAAACAAAAUGUCAAGUCCUAUGAGACCACCGCCUACACCGAGUAGAUCUGAUGUUAGGACUCCUCGACGAGCACAAAGAUCACCAACAACCCCGUCUUCAGUCAACAGAAAUCAAAAUGGGAACGUUACUCCUUCCAAGCCAGGUCCAAGUAACAACUCCGUGGACACUCCUCUUCGAUAUGGGAAUCGUAAAGCACCAGGAACGGUGGCAGAGUCAUCAGAGGGACAGUCUGUGCCGGCAUCCUCGCCAAACAGACUUUUACAAACGAGUCCUAUUGCCGGAGGAAUGAGUGAAAUUGAUCUCUCAUCUCCUUUGAAUUAUGGAACUCCAAGUUCUCUCGGUUCUAUUCGAACUCCCCGAAGUGGAAUACGAGGAACUCCUAUCAGACAAAGACCGGAUAUUAGAACUGACAAACGCUUGAGACAAGUGAAUGUUGAUGAGCCAAUUCCAGAGGAAGCGGUUGCAGGAACUUCCGAGAGUGAAAACGCAGGUCCACAACUAGUAAUCUGGGGAACGAACGUCGUUGUAAGUCGAGUGAAAGAACAAUUCAAAAGAUUCGUUACUCGUUUUAUUGAUCCAGAUGCAGAAAAUGAUGAAUUGCCAGAAACGUUGAAUUUAUCAGAACCUCUGUACUUGCAAAAGCUGAAUGAAAUUCAUACUCUUGAAGAUCCUUAUUUGAACGUGAAUUGUGCACACAUUGAAGGCUUCGAUGGACAAUUGUACGCUCAACUGGUUCGUUAUCCUCAGGAAGUGAUUCCUGCCCUGGAUAUGGCAGUGAAUGAAAUGUUUUUCGAAAAAUAUCCAGCUGCCGUUCUCGAUCAUCAGAUUCAAGUUCGACCAUUCAAUGUAUCUAAGACUAAGAAUAUGCGCAUGUUGAAUCCAGAAGACGUAGAUCAAUUAAUCACAAUUUCUGGAAUGGUUAUCCGAACAUCAAACGUUAUUCCCGAGAUGAGAGAAGCUUUCUUCAAGUGCAUCAUUUGCUCAUUUACAACAUUGGUCGAAGUUGAUAGGGGUCGUAUUGCAGAACCCACAGUUUGCACACAUUGCAAUAAUAAUUUUUGCUUCAAUUUAGUUCACAAUCGGAGUCAUUUUUCGGAUAAACAAAUGAUUAAAUUGCAAGAGUCGCCCGAUGAUAUGCCUGCUGGUCAAACUCCACACACUGUUUCUCUGUUCGCUCAUAAUGAUAUGGUGGAUCAAGUUUCUCCUGGAGAUCGUGUUGCAAUCACUGGCAUUUAUCGUGGAGUGCCAAUGCAAGUUGUUCCAAGGCAAUCUAACGUUCGUUCCGUUCUCAAAACGCAUCUUGACGUUGUUCACUUCAGAAAGCAAGACUCGAAAAGGUUAUAUGAUCAACAAGAAGGAAAAGAACACGCUUUCCCUCCAGAGAGAAUUGAUCUUUUAAAGCAUCUCUCGGAAAAGGAGGACAUUUACAGUCGACUCGCUAGGAAUAUUGCUCCCAGUAUUUACGAAAAUGACGAUAUUAAAAAGGGAAUUCUUUUGCAAUUGUUUGGUGGUACUAAGAAAACUCAUAUUGCAUCAGGAAGGAGUCACUUUCGUUCUGAAAUUAACAUUUUACUUUGUGGAGAUCCUGGAACCAGUAAAUCUCAACUUUUGCAGUUUGCCUUCAACUUAGUUCCUCGAUCUCAAUAUAGCAGUGGAAAAGGAUCCAGUGCUGUUGGUUUAACGGCAUACGUGACGAAAGAUCCGGAAACUCGUCAGUUAGUUUUGCAAACCGGAGCUUUAGUUUUAGCUGACAAUGGAAUUUGUUGCAUUGACGAAUUCGACAAGAUGAAUGAAAGUACACGAUCAGUUUUACACGAGGUUAUGGAACAGCAAACUUUAAGUAUCGCGAAGGCUGGAAUUAUCUGUCAGUUAAAUGCCAGAACAAGUAUUCUCGCUGCUGCAAAUCCCUGCGAGUCUCAAUGGAAUCCCCGAAAAACGGUUGUGGAGAAUGUUUUGCUUCCACACACAUUAUUAUCUCGAUUCGAUUUAAUAUUCUUGAUGUUGGAUCCACAAAAUGACACUUUCGACAGGAGGCUUGGCAAGCACAUGGUGUCGUUGUACUAUAAAGGGGAGCCGGAAGUGGAAGACGAAUUGAUAGACAUGAGCGUUUUGCGCGACUACAUUGCCUAUGCUAAGGAACACAUUAAACCAGUUCUCAGCGAAGAAGCUCAGCAGAGAUUGGUGCAGGCUUAUGUUGAUAUGCGAAGAGUUGGAAGUGGUCGGGGACAAAUAACAGCGUAUCCUCGACAACUUGAGUCAUUAAUUAGACUUUCGGAAGGACAUGCGAAAAUUCGUUUCAGUGAAUCAGUUGAAGUGGUGGAUGUUGAAGAGGCUUGGCGUCUACAUCGAGAAGCACUUAAACAAGCGGCUACUGAUCCCAUCACCGGAAGGAUUGACAUUAAUAUUUUAACAACGGGAGUUUCUGAAGGUGAAAGGAAACGACAACUUUUACUCACUAACGCUGUGAAGAAGAUUAUUGAAGAAAAAGACACACUUCGCACUUUGUCCUAUCAAAAACUUUUCGCUGAAAUUAGAAGCACUUCUGAAACUUUUGUGACAAAAGAAAUGUUUGACGAUGCACUGAGAAAUCUACAGGAUGAAGAUGUAAUAAAAAUACUGAGUAAGAAUACAAUUCGUCUGUUAAAAAAUAAGGAAUAACUUUCUAGAAAGUAGUUAUUGCUUUUUUAAUAUUAUUCUUUAAUUAAAAUUCUUUUCAUGUCUAUUUGACGAAUAUUUCGUUUCUAAUACAACAUACGAUAAUUUUUUAUCCAAUUUUAUGUAUCAGGAUUCAAUUUUAGUUUUAAAAGAAUAAAUUUUUUAUACUACUUUUUA